AUGGCCGCAAAAUUCAGUCUUUCAAACCCAACCAGGCCCAUCCGUGUUGGAGUCGUCUUGAUGAAUGGAGUGACUGAGCUUCUUGACAUUGCACCUGUUGGCAUGCUCCAUGGAUUAAGCAAAGAAUUUGUGGAAAGCUUCCCAGAUGAGUUGCUGGCUCCAAGCCUUAAGGCUCAAGCAGUCGAUUUCAAAUUUCAUUGGGUCUCAGAAUUCGGCGAGGCAGCUCAUAGUCGCCUCUCAGGCGGCAUGUCAAUCUUGCCGAUGGACUCGUUUCAGUCAUGUCCACCUUUGGAUAUUAUCCUUAUUGGCGCCCACAACUUUGGGUACACACCCAACACUGCGGAGCUCGCCUUCAUUCGCAAAUGCUGGGACGAGUGUUCUGCCUUCCUGACCGUCUGUGGAGGUGUCCAGGUACCCUUGCUUGCCGGGCUACUCGAGGGCAAAACAGCGACGGGUCCACGCUCCAUGCUGGGCAUGUUGCGCCGGGAGGCCCCUGGAACCAAUUGGGUCGAGAGGCGUUGGGCAAGGGAUGGCAGGCUCUGGACAAGCGGGGCACUGUUGAAUGGGACCGAUCUUUUGAAUGCGUUUGCACAUGAGUAUUGGGGAAGGGGUGAUGUUGGCUCUCUGAUGAGGCAACCUGCGACCGACUUCUGGUGA